CCCUUUAGUCUUCGUGCUCCUCAGACGCCUGUCUCCGCAGCCGACAGGGUUCCCCCACGGACUGUUACCUCUCCAGUCAGGUCACCGGGCAACAAGAUAUCAGAGACCGGCUUCGCCUCGGUGAGCUGUGAAUUCCUAGAUGCCUUUGCGAGAACGACAUCCUCCCAAAAAACCUACAGCUCGGAACGGGCUGCCUCCGACCGAAUCGAUUCGAGCGUUGAGCAAAUGGCUGUAGACAGUACCCCAAAGCCUGAAUCGAACUUCUCUCAACAGACCGGCUUCUCUACCCCUGAUGCCCUCAUGGACUGCUACCGUGCGCGCCUUCCUUUCCCUAACCAGACCGCGUCUGGGUAA